GCCCCUUCCUCGUCUCUCCCUCGUAUCAAACCAACAUGGCGACGAUGAGACGAAACAGGAAGAAGAGUCGCCCUCUCUGCCUACUUGUUGUCUUCCACCAGCUUUUGCUACUUGGUGGCGUCUUGUCAGCUCCAACUAAUGGCAUCUCGGAUGGUGGGGCCAUCCAGGACGGAAAGGUCGACUUGCCACAGACUCCUCUCCAGACCACAGGUAGCCAAAACAACACUCAGACGGAACCAAAAGUGUUGAUGCAAGACACAACGCAUCUCAAGCUUCCCAACGCUACCUCCGUCCAAACCGAGCCCAAGAUCAACCCCGUCCAAAACGAGGCCAAGAUCAACCCCAUCCAAAUUGAGGACCCCAAGAUUAACGCUGUCAAGACUGAGGCCCCCAAGAUCAAGCCAGCCCAAACUGAGGCCCCGAAGAUCAAGCCGGUCCAAACUGAGGCCCCGAAGAUCAAGCCGGUCCAAACCGAGGCCCCGAAGAGCAAGCCGGUCCAAACCGAGGCCCCGAAGAGCAAGCCGGUCCAACCCAACGUCCCCAAAGUCGACCAGCCGCAGGCAAGUCAAAACGACGUGCAAGACGACAGAUCUGCGGUGCUCAUCGCUUCGUCGGACACGGAUAACAAACCGACCCCCGACGAGACAAAAGGGAAUGUCGCGCUUCAGGUGCUGAGCAUCACGGAGUCACCUGCGAUGUCCAAAACCUCACAAGCCGACGCCCCCCAAAAAAUGGAACCCACCAAACCCACAGUGGAAGAGACCACCCUCUUUGAUGUAAAAACCUCAGAGGCGCAAACCACAAACAACCUGCAAGAAUUUGAGUCGGAUUUGCUUCAGCCCGCCGGCAAAGAAGCGGCAGCUCACCUGGACCCGGACGACGACUACGAUGGCGAUGAAGACGACGGUCCGGACGGGUACAAUGAUGGCUUGUAUCACCUGGAUGCCAACGAUGACUCCGAUAAGGACCAGGACCGGACAGUGAUCGGGGUGCAGGCGCCCGACGUCAAGGAAGACGUCAGCUACAAGCUCCCCGGCGUCUACAACACGGAGGAUGAGGACUCGCAUUUCUUCUUCCACCUGGUCAUCCUGGCUUUCUUGGUGGCCAUCAUCUACAUCACCUACCACAACAAGAGGAAGAUCCUCCUGCUCGCACAGAGCCGCCGCUGGAAGGAGGGCCUGUGCUCUCGCAACACGGUCGAGUACCACCGGCUGGACCAGAAUGUCAACGAGGCCAUGCCGUCCCUCAAAAUGACACGCGACUACAUCUUUUGAGUCGCGCCGCUCGGAACUGUUCUCGCUCGAACGAUCGAUGGAUCGCCGUCGUCGGGUCGCUGCUUGCCCUCUUCCAGUCUGUCUGCAUAGCGACAUUUUGUAAUUAUCUCCCUUCCAUGUUUUCUCUUUGUCGCUAAGUCAAUAUUUAUGGGAGCGCUUUUGUUUAAGCUCUUUCUGAUGAGUUUCCACUAAGUCUGGAUUUGUUACAUUGUAGUGCAACAUUCCAACACAUGACUUUGGCGCAGGCAUUACUUUUCUGUCUCUUUGAUACUUCCUGCCCCCGACUGGCCCGAUGCUGCCGUGCAGGACUCCUGGUUGGGCUCCUUUUUGUUUUAUGACUUCGGUGAAGUUCUUGUCCGUCACCCGCACGCAGUAAUUGCACUCGACUACCCGAAAUGUGCCCAGAAAUAGUCGCAGCAGAAGUCAUAUGGAUAAACUUUGAGCCACCAGGAUGCAAAUAUUUUCACCAUUUUCCUCAUUGAUGUUGAAAUACUUAAUAAUAAUGCUUUUUCAUUUAAAGCACACAAAGAAGAAUCUAGAUGGGAAAAUCAAGCUAGACUGAAUAAAAACAGUGAUAUCAUUUAAAAAGUAGACAGUAUGUAGCCAGGCAACCAAAAUAAAAAAUACAGUAACUCAUGAAUCACUGAGCAAUUAGAAAAUUGGGUCAUCAUUUCUACGUUAGUGGAAUCUAUUAAAAUCCAAUUAUUUUAUUUGGACAAAUAGCUGAUAAUUUGUUGUGCUUUGUCAACGGCGUACAAAGAUAAACUUUCUGAAAUGGCCGCCUAUUUUGUACGCAUGUGCAGUAUGGCUUUUUGGCAGAGUUACUUCUGUAUAAUUAAGUUGUGCAACAAAAUCAUGUUUCUCCACUUUUUUAAAGAUUUGAUUUAAAAAUGUAAUUGUACACUAACGCAUUUUAUUGGACAUAUUGGUGUGGCCUUUUUUCUCCCUUUUUGCAAAUCACCCUUUCGCUGCCUUUUUGCGCCCAUUUUCUUUAGAAAUAUUGUUUAAAAUAUCUUGUUCAACAAAGGGGUGGAUAGUUAGUCGUGUGGAAGAGAAAUACUGCUCUCGCAAUCAACUGUAGUCAUUUUUGUUUUGUCAAUAAAGCACAAAUGACGUCGAGAA